CGAGCGCCGGCCGAGAUGUCCGCCGCCGCGCCCUUCCGCCUCUUCCUCCCGCUCCACCCGCCACUCGCUCCCAGACGCCCACCCGCGUCCGCUCUGCCCUCUCUCCCACGCCAUGGCGCCAUGCCCCGCCCGCGCGUCCGUCUCCGCCUCCACCUCGCGGCCGGGAGCAGUGAGACGCCACCGCAAGCAUCCGACGAGCUCGACUUCGUCGGCACAGGCACCGACGCCGACCCCGUCGCGGAGGAGGGCCCGGCCCCGGCGCUCGCGGCCACGAAGGAGUGGUGGGAGUGGGCGCUGCUGGUGUCGCCCUUCUUCUUCUGGGGCACGGCCAUGGUGGCCAUGAAGGGGGUGAUACCCAAGACGGGUCCCUUCUUCGUCGCCGCGCUCCGCCUGAUCCCCGCCGGCGCGCUCGUCGUCGCCUUCGCCGCCGCGCGCGGCAGGAAGCAGCCCUCCGGCUGGGCCGCGUGGGGCGCCAUCGCCGCCUUCGGCCUCGUCGACGCCGCCUGCUUCCAGGGCUUCCUCACGGAGGGCUUGCAGAAGACGUCGGCUGGGCUCGGAAGCGUCAUAAUUGACUCUCAGCCGUUAACGGUUGCUAUCCUUGCAGCCCUGUUCUUUGGAGAGUCUAUCGGCGCGAUAGGAGCUGGGGGGCUUGUGCUGGGUGUUGUUGGGCUUUUGCUCCUUGAGGUUCCAGCACUUUCAGUUGAAGAAAACGGCGCAACAGUCUGGGGAAGUGGAGAAUGGUGGAUGUUCCUCUCAGCUCAAAGCAUGGCGAUUGGAACUAUAAUGGUUCGCUGGGUAUCAAAGUAUUCUGAUCCAAUCAUGGCAACAGGAUGGCACAUGGUAAUAGGCGGGAUACCUUUGUUGGUUAUAUCUGUUCUUAAUCAUGAUCCUGCUCUUAAUGGACAUAUUCAAGAGCUUACAUCGAGUGAUAUAUUAGCACUGGGUUAUACAUCUAUAUUUGGCAGUGCUAUCAGCUAUGGUGUCUACUUCUACAAUGCUACAAGAGGUAGUUUGACCACACUUAGUUCUCUUACUUUCUUAACUCCUAUGUUUGCCUCUAUUUUCGGCUUCAUCUAUCUGGGAGAGACCUUCUCACCCGAGCAGAUCGGUGGUGCACUUCUGACACUAGUUGCCAUCUAUAUGGUUAAUUACAAGAGCAUUGUAGGCGAGAAGUAAGAGGAUGUCACAAACUCAUGAUAUUCUGUCGCAGAUGGGUAGUGCACUGAAGCACCUGCUGUAAUGGUGCUGUACAGAAGAAAUUUGAAGAUUAAGUACGUGCUAGUGAUAAACAUUUUACCAACUUGCACAGCUUGAAGAAGCAUGUCACAUGUACAUUCCCAUAUUUAGACUGAAAAGAUGGUAUAAGGUGGUAAAACCAAAUUUGGUGAUCUGUCGACGCAAUCAGAUGGACUCACACCAUGUCAGAUUAUGGCCCCAUAAUCAGAUUUUUUGUAUCAUAGCUGAUGUGUUGUACGAUAUCAAAUCGGGGAGAAGUAGCCCCCAUGUACAAGUAGUUCCCCCAUGUGCAUGUAGUUGAAAGCAUGAAAAUAGCUGAUGAAUGAAAAGCAAUUGUAUAUGUGAGUUCUGAUCCAUA